AUGCCGAUUACUGACAAGGAUAUACCCUGUGUAAGGGCUUUUCAUAGCUGUGCGAAAUGCAAUCGACCAUUCAAGGGAAAGGAUUCUAAAGAGAGUUAUAUUAAGCAUAUAGAACACAGUUCAAAACAUAAAAUCUCGAAGGCUAGUGUACCCGAAAGCUGUGGUCAAUGUGGUCGAUACUUUUCAAGCACGAGAGCUUUAAUUCAACACUUGAAAAAAAGUCGCCAUCAUUUGAAAGAUUUGCACCACGCCGCUUGCACGGGGAAAUUUCAACUCGUGGAGAAAUUAAUGAGAAAUGAGAUGGCAGAUUCGCCAGGAGAUUCUCAUCAACCGUCGAAACCUCAGAUGGGAUUCACGCCGAUGCAUUGUGCUGCCUUCGGCGGCCACGAAGAAUGUUUGACGAUCAUGCUUAGCUGGACCGAUGGAGAUCCAAAUGUUGUUGAUCCCAAAGAUGGCAAAACUCCUGUUCAUCUAGCAGCAUGGAAAGGACACGGGAAUUGUCUCAGAUUACUGCUCAAGAAUGGUGGUGAUAUAUCUAGACCUGAUCGCAAUGGAAACACUCCAAUGUCUUUAGCAAAAGAUAGAUAUUGUAUGUAUAUAGUUGGAUAUCAUUUGGCUGGUGAGUACUGCAUUAAUUCAACUGUUUGGUAAAUGGCUGAAUUACAUUAAUUUGAUAAGACUGGAGGGUGCAGAACAUAUUCCCUUCGUAGUGAAGAAUGUAUUGUAUGUAUGUUGUUGGAUAUCAUUUGGCUAAAUGGCUGAAUGCCAUUAAUUUGCUAAGUCUGGAGAGUGCAAAAAAUAUUCCUUUCGUAGGGGAGAAUGAUGGCGAUUUAAAGAGCGGGUUUUCCAGCUAUUUGUGAACUUUGUGAAGGAGCAAAACAUGAAGCUGGUGGUUAUUUCAGUUAAUUUUUAGUUUGUGCUUGUAAUCCUACAAUUUUUGUUUAGUCUUGUGCUGAACCAAAAGAAUAGGAUGGAGGCAGUCUGCGUUGAUUCACCAGUGAGUUGGCAGUACACUGAUAACUUUGGUGGCAUACAAUUCAGCCAUCUUUUUCGUUUCUUCCUAAUCAUAUUGAACUUGGAUGAUAAAUUGGCGUCGAACGGAGAAUUUUUUUUUUUAAUUAUAAGCUACUGUUUUUCACAGCAAGGCAAUUCAAGCUGAUGAUGGAACCGUUAUGUGAUAAUCUACGCCGUGUAAAUAUUGCAGAGGUACCCACGCAAGUCGAAGGUCGUGAAGAACCAAGGCAGGCUGAAGAAGUCAGUCCAUCAAAUAUUCAAGGUGAAGUUAUCUUAAAAUUGAUGAGACAUGUUUACAUUAAGUGGUUUUGACUAAGCUAACUAUCAUCCUAGGAGCAGCAUUUGUUCUUCCCUUUUCUCUCCCUUGCCCUGAAGGGUGGGGUAUGUUUUGGUAAAACGCAUAGUCCAUAGCCACUACCAGCAGAACUUUAUUUCCAAAACCGGACAACUAUCCCCUAAAACAAGACUUUGUUGCUGCCAAUCAGUAGAACUCACUACCCCAGUCACAUAGUAAGACCUGAACGUUUUCUGAAUUUUAACUAGUGGGAGAAUUUCUUUAAAUAAAUAAAGUGAUAUCUUUGCAAAACCUAAGGAAAAAUUUAUACAAAGGAAAUUUGUAAAUGAUAAUUGAUAAAAUGUUUUACUGAAAAUACUUCUCAUUCGUGCAUCCCAAACCUAUACAGACAAAUCCAGUGAACCUUAUGAAGUUCUUGCGAGGGGCGAGUUGGCAGUUGAAAUAUUUAACAAGGCACUACUUGAGGGGAAAGCUUGUGUGCCUCGUAUGCAGCUCACCGUGAUUGGAGAUGUAGGCGUGGGCAAGACAAGCCUGGUACGUUCUCUUAGUGGAGAAGAUUUUGUAGAAGAACGGGAAGAAACUCGUGGAAUCGUCACAUCCAUGGUUGAGAUGACAGAAUUAGACGAGUCGUGGCAUGCAGUUGACCUGAAUAAUUCCAUUGUAGAUGACAUUUUAGCUGAGAAAGUGUGUCAGGGAAUUAGAGGUACCCCAGUAAAAGGCCAGUCUAAUGAUUCUCAUGGGAAACAACCUAGUUGUUCUCAGUCAAGACUGUCUUUUCCCCCAACCAAUUUCAGGCGACUUGCUAGCAUAGAAGGUCCAUCUACUUCAGGAAGUACUGGAAUAAGAAGCAACGCGGGUGAAACAAGUAUGGUAAAUAUGUCUCCUUCUGCAAGUCCCAGUCUUCUAUUUGGAGACACCCCUUCACGUACCAUGCCAGUCGAUCAAAUCGAGCGAAAGCUGAGUCUCCCUGUGGGAACGUCACCGAAUGAUAGCGAGAAGAAGUACACUAAAAUCAGCAUUUGGGACUUUGCAGGCCACUCUUUGUAUGAAGCAAUGCACCAUGUUUUCCUAAAUCGGCGUUCAUUUUAUCUUGUUGUAUUGAAUUUGGUUCGGCUGUGUAACCCUGAGACUGUUAACCAAGCCUUAGAGGAGAUACACUUUUGGCUCAAUUCCGUACGCGUACAUACUCCUCACACGACACCUGUGUUCCUCGUAGGAACGCGUCGCGCUGAAGUGGCGAACGAAGAUUUGGCUACUGCAGAGAGUGUCCUUUAUGAUGAAUUGGUAGAGAGCUUUGGGCAACAACUGGUUAAUAGUAAAGAACAAGGCUUCUUGUUUCCGGUAGAAAACGCCCUAGGUGGUGAAGACUCUGGUGCCAAAGCCUUAAGGAAAGCCAUCGAAAAUGAAGCUGCUGUCUUACGGAAAAUGGACGAGGAACUUCCUGUGUUGUGGCUACAUUUUGAAGAGGAAAUUCUGAAGUGCAGGGAUCAUCCACUUUUCCCACCUUGUGUGCGCAAGAUCAACCUGAAACGCAUGAUGGAGCAGAAUACUUCCCGUGUUUUCGAAGAAAGAGAGUUUGACAGCAUGCUGCAUUUCUACCAUGACAGCGGAGUGCUAAUCCUACCAGGUCAGUAAAUUAUCAUAUAGAUAUUUCCUCUCUGUAACAUGUCUCGUAAAUCUCAAGCAAACAUGUUCAUUAAAGUGACAAUGAUUUGGUUGAGGAAUUUGAGAACAUUCUUUAAACUUUUCAAACGACACUAAAUUACUAUUUCGAAACCUUACCCCGUUCAAAUGGAAGUAAAUUUUUUUUUCAGAGGAGCUGAUCGGACCGACGACGUAUCACUCCGAGCUGAACGACUUGGUGGUCAUCAAUCCACAAUACCUAGUCGAUGUUAUGACUUGUCUUCAUGAUGUUACCGACCACCUGGAUAUUGAUCGUAAACACCGUAGUCAGUGGAAGACCUUGCAAGAGGAAGGAGUGGCUGACAUCGAGCUUCUUAAGUUUUUAUGGGAAAAAUUCAGAAGCCCUAUUGCUGAGCUUGUUGGUAUCUUGGAAGCGUCAGGUAUGCUGUGCCCGAUCUCUGCCUCAGCUGAGGUAAAAGACCACGAAGAUGGCACCGUUCCAGUUGAAGGUGACGAGAAUAGUGCUCAAAUCAGCAAAUACAUUGUUCCAUUUCACCUAAAAGAGAAAAGCUUGACGAGAAAGUGGGAAAAGCUUUGUCAGAAAAGCUGGUCUGGAAUUUGUACCUCAGACAAACUCCUCGUGUUUGAUUUCCGUAGUUUCCUACCUCCCGCUCUCUUUAACUACUUUAUUGUUCGUACAAGCGCAAGAAGCACAGACAGCAGUGGUAUGAAACCGAUCAUCACCAAAGGGAUGGCCAUAUUUUCAUUUGAAGAUAGUUUCUUUCUUCUUACGGAGAUGUGUCAGAAACACAACCAAAUUCGAAUCAGGGCAAGGCAAGUGCGAUUUCCUCCUUCUUGAUGGGCAACACACUUUAUCCCCCUGGGGUCAGCAGUUUGAAUGGCUGCCAUGUGGGUCAGCAUCUCUCAUUUGAAGCCUGUUCAUUAACGAAAUUUUAAUACAUUGACAUAGCAGUGGCACAGUCGGUGUCAUUGAGUCAUACGCAUUAACAUCUAUAAAUUAUUCUCGUGGAGAUUGUUAGAAAUUAGGAAUUGUAGAUUUUCGCUCUACCACAUGUGAACGAGACAUUAAAGAGGUUUCUUCAAAUCAUAACCGUAGAAGUUAAUUAAUAGUUCCAUUUGUGUAUAGGUUCUCUACUUAUUUAUUUAUUUAUCUAUUUAUUUAUUUAUUUAUCCCCCCUCAUAGGUACAAAAAUGGCAAGAAGCUCCACAAAUUGUUUAACAUACUUAUGUCAAUAAUGACAGACAUUUGUCAGCGCCAGUUUAGAUUUCUUAAGUUCAGCUUUGGGCCUGUCUGUCCUAACCCACGUUGCCCUGGGUCAUCCAGUGACGGAACGGUUCGCCGAGCGGAAACCUCCUCUGAUGAAAGUGAUGAAGGCGAUGAUGAUAGAGAGUGCGAAGGUGGUGGGCACGUGUCCUCUGUCCAUUCCCCAGCCGAAGGCGUUCGUCGCCACGUAAUCUGCAUUGACCCAACUGUACCAUCUAAGCCCAUGUGGUGUAACUCUACGCCAGUCCACGAAUUUGAAGAAAUUAGACAGUGGUUUGUCGAGGUAAGGAAGUAUCUAAACAAAGAAUCGCCCCAAUGUCUUAUCUUAAAGACUUUUCUUUCGGCGUAAAUUCUAGGCCAGAGAAGUUGAAGGUCAAAAGACUUUCUGGUUAUUCCCGUAAAAUUAUUUCAUAAUCAAUCUCAUUUCAGAGAACCGUUAAAGAUCUUGAAAAAAAGAAAGCAAUUUUGUUUCGGAAAAUUACCAUGCGUCGGUUCAUUUUUCGUGAAAAAGUUAUAAUUUUCUCCUCUCUCUUUCUUGAAUUUUCUUUCCGCAGCCGCAAGAUGGCAGUUCUAAGGUCCCAGAGGAUUCUCCUUGUUAUUCUGGUAAGUCAAUUUUCAUGUUGAAAACAAGAACUUCCUCUUUACUUCACCAUUUUCUACAUGCCCUUUUGACUUGACUUGUAAUGUACAAUAAACGUAGUAUAUACAAAACCACACUCUGCCUCUGCCGAAUGAGCGUUUGUAACAUCAUGCUGAUCCUUGAGAUGGAGCCAAAUGAUUAUUAUUCUAUAAAUAUAGCAGUAUCCUCUGGGAGAGACCAUAGUUCCUAUCAGCAGUUUUGAAUAUGCUGAAUGACACAACUCAGAGCUACUGCUAAUGAAAUUUAAAGAAAGAGAUCAGCAAAACUCAUUUUAACUGAGGCUGAUCUAAUUUCGGCUUGAUCAAUUGUUGGAUCAAAUGGAUCUCAAUGUUUAUUUGUGGGGUGCAUGUUCAAAGUUUGGCAUGUUUCUCAGUUUUUUCAACCUAUGUGCUCUGUUUUUGCCUCGUAAGAACAAGUUCAGAGUUGCUGCCUUGUCGUAGUCGCCAAGCAACUGGCCAACAAUUGGAAGUGGCUUGGAAGAGCCCUUCUUGUAUCAGAUACAACCAUUCAAAAUAUCCAUGUUGAAAACAGCUCAGAGAACGAAAGAUCUUAUCAAGUCCUCAUCCAUUGGGAGCAAACCGUGGGUCACAAAGCGACUGUACUUGAACUGAUAAAAGCAAUUGAAGAGGUUGGCGACGUUUCAACUUUGCAGGCAUUUGAGCAACACCUUGGUGAUCGUCACGUUAAUGCAGCCGAUCCUGGUUCCUUUCAGUAGGCUGUUUUCCUCUCCACACAGACCUCUAGAUUAGAAAGCAUAAGUAACAACAGUUUUCUCGUUAUCUCUUUUUUCAGCCACCGCGUACCCUGAACUUUUAGCAAUCCCAUGUGAGAAUCACCAGGAUGCUCCUAGAACAUUUUGAAGUUAACCCUUGCGGCCAAGUAAGAAAAUUCUCAGUUUAGAUUGGAAUGACCUCUUCUCUGCCCACCUUUCUCCUUGUCUGUCUGUCUGUCGAGUGACAUGCAGAAAGAGGGACUACCCUUAAUAGGAGAAGCACACCACACAAUCAACUGCAGCGUACAGUCGUUAGAAAAGCAAAAUUGGUUUUGGCUUUUUUUUUCUGAUAAAAACAGAUAAUUUCAAGGAUUCAGGCAUAAUUUGAGAUUUUUAAUGAAGGCCGACAGCGUAUAUCAUUAUCUUUAUUCACUGAAACUUCCCCAACUUUCUCAUAAAGUAGAUAAGAAUAUGGCGGAGAAUGAUUUAAAACUAUUGUAUUCGUUGUUAGGACUUAGGACUUAAAUGGAACAGAAACAUAAUAACUUUUUUGAAUUCUUAGAAUGUUUUAUACUGGCAGAGUAAAAGACGCGAUUGGAACAAAAACUGCCAGGAAAUUCGAGACAAAUCUUCCUAGAUUUCUUUCAAGAGAAUUUGUUAAUAGGUAAGAGCGAAAUAUUGAAACACAUUUCAUUUCUGAUCUAAAGAAAGUAAUUUUUUUCAACCUUUUGGAUACCAUCCAAAGCAUUCCUGUUGUCUUAUUUUUUGUUUAGACAAUUUAACAAUGAGUUUUGCCGGAAUUUCCUCUCAUUUUUUACGUAUAUUGCACUUUACUUCAGUCUAAGUGCAAGAUUAAAAAAAAAAAAAAAUAGAAAAGAAAAGAAAAGGCGCGUAAAAAAGCUUCUAGAAACAUGCUUUGAGUAAAACAUGCCAUACGCAAUCCUUACCUUACCGAAUUUCCCGGGCAAAAAUUAUUACCGAACACGAAAAGAAAAACUGAAAUUGAAAUAGGUUGAUUGUAAAAUGGAAACUACAAUAGAUGACGGUGAAUUAUCAUAAAGGGGCUUCCCCUUCAUUUCCAAACAUGUCUUUAACCCUUUAACUCCCAGAAAUGAUUAAAAUGUAACUUCUCUCUAUAAUAGCC